AUGCCCGGUGAACCCCCUCUUAAGCGGCGCCGUGUUGCCAUUGCCUGUGACAGUUGCAGGGCGUUGAAGGCAAAGUGUGACGGAAAGCGUCCGACGUGCGAUCGGUGUGCUGGAUAUGGGUAUGCCUGUCAGUGGAAUGAUGCUGGUCAGAGGACAAGUGCUGUUGAAAACAAACGAACUCGGUUGAACCUUUUGUCAGCUUGUGAUGAAGCCCAGAAGUUGAGGCACGCAGUUGGCAUAUAUGACAGACUCCUCAAGGGUCUUCGUAACAAGCUCUCCGAAAGUGACCGUAAAGCUGUCGAUUUGGGACUUUCAUCUAUCCGGCUUCCUCCUUCUGCUUUGGGGGCGACGGACGGCGCCCUUGCAAGUCCUUCAUCUCCAGACAACGAGUUCACGGCACGGCUUCCAUCAUCCCCUUCUCAGCGAUAUUUGGGAGAAGCAAGCGACAUCCGCUUUUUCCGUGCGAUCGAGCAGGCUUUCUGUCAGCCCUCCGAACUUGAAAAAGGAGGAGAAACCAACAGCGAAGUGCGAAUCGACAGCUAUGAGCAAGAUGGAGUCCCACUGCAAGAGUGUCUCGACGAAAAUGAAGCAUUCCUGCCGCGCAAAACCACUGCCAAUGCUUUCGUCGAGGUAUAUUUCUCAACCAUUCAUAUUGCUUACCCUUUUAUCUGGCAGCCAGCUUUCCAGAAAACAUACGAAUCCUUCUGGCGAUCCGGGUCCUUGGAGAAUUUUCGAGGCCCUUGGCUAUCCCUCCUUUUGACCAUCUUCGCCAUCGGUGCUUGCUAUGAGAAAAUGGCAGACCAAGAAAAUGCCAGUUCCUCCAAAAGAUUAUCCCAUCAGCACCAACGAUACUUUGACCAGGCGGUUGCUCUAUCGCAGAAAUACGACUCGAAACACACCGUGGGCCACGUUCAAGCUCUCCUCGCUCAGUGCUUUUACCUCCUGGCAACGUGCCACACCGAUCGAUGCUGGACGACUUUGGGAAUGGCAGUCAGAAUUGCCCAGAGCAUUGGUCUUCAUGUUGAUGAAGGACAUAGAAAGCUGCCGGAGAAUGAACGAUCUAGCGAAACGCGCCGACGUGUUUGGUUCUCUUUAUACGUUCUUGACCGCCUUCUUGCCUUGCAAUUGGGGAGACCACCUGCGAUACAUGACGAUGGCUUUAAUCUUCGACUUCCGUCCCGAAUGUCGGACUUUGCCAUAUCGGACGACAGCCAUGCCACGGUCGAUCAAUAUCCUGCCCACGGUGAUGCCCUGGUGGGACACUAUUUCAUCGCAAUGAUCCAAUUCUCUGGCAUUAUCGGAAGAGUAUUCAAUGGUCUCUACGGGCCCAAUAAGGCCGUCAAUGCCGGCAUGACGUUGUCUACAAUCGAACGCUUAGAUCGUGAGUUAUCGCAAUGGAAAGCCAGCUUGCCGCGAACUUUGAGAUUUGAUCUCUCGCACACGUUCGAAAAUUCGAUGACCUUCAAAAGACAGCGAAAUAUGCUGGCCAUCAAGUUCUACAAUCUUCAGGCUCUUAUUCAUCGACCGUUGCUUGCCCCGGCCAGAUUGUUUGAGUCAUGCGCCGACCCAAUGGCUUUCUAUCAAUCUGAACGAGCACAGAUCCUCUUGUCCAAGAGGAGAUGCGUUUUGGCUGCCCAAUGUACGGCUCGACUGCUUCACAAUGUCGAAGACAAGAAAAGUCUUGUGUACGGAUUUCCCUGGUGGCAAAUGAUCUCCUGCCUCAUUUGUGCAAGUUCGAUCCUCUUGGUGGCAAGUAUUUGCAUGGACCUGGAUGGAGAAGACACUCAGGACAUUGACUGGGCUGGCGUGGAUGAAGACGCCGAUGUCUGUCUUACUGUUUUCCAAGCGCUGAGUUCGAAUUCGAAUGCUGCACGUCUGGCAAGAGAUAUGAUGCAAAGGCUGAAAGAAACUCGGAUUCGUUCUCAAGCGAGGGCUCCAAAUAAUGCUCAGAGUGGUGAGCUUCUUCGAAUUGAAGGCGGGCACGACAAUCCCUCUGAUGCGACUUCAUCUAGGGCGCCUUUGUCAACUACGAUGCCGUCGACUUUCGAUUCCAUGGGUGCGGAUCAGGAUGUAUUUGAUAUGAUGUUUCAGACGAUGCCAUACGAGGUUUCUGAACCAGUCAUGUGGUCUGCGCAGUUUGUCAAUGCUGCGUACAAUCCUUUCGUCUCUCGAUCGUGCACGGAAUUUGACGAUUGA